UUCGUUCGCGUGCGAACCUGCGAAGCAUAAAGUAACCCGCCGACAGUCGGAACGGACGGAAUCGGAUCUCAAGAGACCGCAUGCCACAUGGUACAUGGUGCUAGCGAUGGCUGACGAAAUCGCGAAGCAGACGUUGUUGAAUCGCGUGAAAGAGCAGGGCGAGGCGGUACGACGAUUGAAAGCUGCACAGGCCGAUAAAACGCAAGGAUACAGAGAGCAGUCUGAUAUAAAUGUUGAGUUAGAGAGCUUAAACAAUGAUUUUGCAAAUGUCAGCUACGUGUGUGGUUGGUGGCCAACAUCCAAAGAUACCGAACUAUUUGACAAAUUGAAUGUCAUUUGUAACGAUGAACUUGCAAGGUGGCCUUAUCUAAACAGAUGGCAUGUUAACAUGAAAAGCUUUACUCAAGAAGAGCGUCUAGCAUUUCCUCUUGCGGAAGCACCAUUCACUUCCCUGGCAGAAAAAAUAGAUCUACUAAAGAUUACUCUCUAUGUUACCAAAGAUAUGCUAGAUAAAAAGAUAGCGGAGGAAGUCUCCAAGUUAUUGGAUCUUAAAGCGCAACUAGAAAAUCGUGAAGAAAAUGGUUGUUCUCACAAACUCAUCCUUAAAACGCCUAAAGGCACAAGGGAUUAUAAUCCGGAGCAAAUGGCGUUGCGAUUGGGAGUAUUGGAAAAAAUAAUAUCAGUAUUCAAGCGUCACGGUGCGGAGACCAUAGAUACACCUGUAUUCGAGCUGAAGGAUGUUUUGACAGGUAAAUAUGGUGAAGAUUCCAAGCUCAUUUAUGAUUUGAAGGAUCAAGGCGGCGAGAUCCUCGCACUUAGAUAUGAUUUAACAGUUCCUUUCGCGAGGUAUCUAGCUAUGAACAAAAUAUCCUCCAUUAAAAGGUAUCAUAUUGCUAAGGUUUAUCGCAGAGAUAACCCAGCUACAACAAAAGGCAGAUAUAGAGAAUUUUAUCAAUGCGAUUUCGAUAUCGCUGGCCAGUACGAUCCGAUGCUACCGGAUGCGGAAUGUAUUCGGGUUAUGUCUGAAGCACUGCAGAUGCUAGAUCUGGAAUCAUAUUUGAUUAAAGUGAAUCAUAGAUCUUUGCUGGACGGCAUCUUUGCUGCAUGUGGAGUUCCACAGAGCAAGUUUCGCAGUAUCUGCUCUGCUGUAGAUAAAUUAGAUAAAAGUCCAUGGGAGGAAGUGAAGAAAGAAAUGAUAGAGGAAAAGGGAUUAGACGAGCAUAUUGCCGAUAAGAUCGGCAACUACGUCUCCCAAUCCGGCGGAAUCGAAUUGAUAACCGAAUUGAGAAAAGACAAAGAACUAAUGAGACAAUCUGCUGCUGUGCAAGGCUUAGAUUCCAUGGAACUGUUAUUGAAGUAUUGCAGUAUCUACAAAGUCCUAGAUAAAAUUAAAUUUGAUCUGAGUCUUGCAAGAGGACUCGAUUACUACACGGGUGUUAUUUACGAAGCUGUACUGUGUGGUGAUGGCAUUGAUGUGGGAAGUAUAGCGGGUGGCGGCCGUUACGAUAAUUUAGUGGGAAUGUUCGACAAUAAGAAUAAAAAUGUACCUUGUGUUGGUGUGUCUCUGGGCGUGGAACGAAUAUUCAGCGUUUUAGAGGCAAGAUUAGCUAACAAGGGCCUGAAAACACGCACUAACGAGAUCGAAGUGUUUGUGGCGAGCGCACAGAAAAAUUUGCAUGAGCCAAGAAUGAAGAUACUGGUGGAUUUGUGGGAAGCUGGAGUGAAAGCGGAACAAUCCUACAAGAAAAACGCUAAACUCUUGGCGCAGUUGCAACACUGUGAGGAAAACAAGAUUCCAUUGGCAAUAAUCAUCGGAGAAAGUGAACUAGCGAAGGGCGAAGUUACGUUAAGAAUCGUCUCGAGUCGGGAAGAGAUUCGCGUAUCACGUAGCAAUCUCAUCGAAGAAAUACGAAAGCUAUUAAAAACAUCGUAGCAUGCCAAUUAUGGUUUUUUCGUAUACGUGUUUCUCGCUAUCGAGAGAAGAACAUCAGUACAACAAAAUAUUUAUAAUGCAUUUUAGUUUUAUUCUCCAUACAACUUGCACACAUUGAAAAAAAUUUAUUUAUUCACGCGCAAAUCUAUUUGUGUAUUACUUUACAUAAUAGAUCGUUACUUCGUCGAGUGAUAAGUUCCUUGUCACCGGUAUAGAUGCUAAACUGUACAAUAAGUAAAUGCAUGAAAAAGUGAUGACACUUUAUAUUCGUGAAUAUAUCACGUGGAUAAUUUCCA